AUGAGCGGACUGGUGGGGAAGCUGGACCCUCGCAGGAUACAGUGGGGCUCGGCAUGGAACACCUUCACCUCGCGCGUGCUGAGGACCAAGCCCGUGGAGUCCAUGCUGGAUUCGGCCGUGUCCGGCACCAGCUCCCACGGCACCAGACUGGCCCGGGUGUUGUCCACGGUGGAUCUGGUGUCGCUCGGUGUGGGCAGCUGCGUCGGGACAGGGAUGUAUGUGGUCUCGGGGCUUGUUGCCAAGGAGAUGGCUGGCCCUGGGGUCAUUGUGUCCUUCAUUAUCGCAGCUGUGGCAUCCAUACUUUCAGGAGUGUGUUAUGCAGAGUUUGGGGUGCGUGUGCCUAAGACCACAGGUUCUGCCUACACAUACAGCUACGUAACCGUUGGAGAGUGCGUGGCUUUUUUCAUCGGCUGGAACUUAAUCCUGGAGUAUCUGAUCGGCACGGCAGCGGGGGCGUCGGCUCUCAGCAGCAUGGCGGACUCUCUGGCCAAUCACAGCAUCAGCAACUUCAUGAUUUCACAUAUCGGCACGCUCAACGGCUUGGGUAAAGGGGAGCAGUCAUACCCAGAUCUGCUGGCCCUGCUGAUAGCCUUGCUGGUGACAGUGAUCGUGGCUCUGGGAGUGAAGAACUCUGUCGGCUUCAACAACGCACUGAACAUCAUCAACCUCAUCGUCUGGGUUCUCAUGAUGAUCGCCGGGCUGUUCUUUGUCAACGGAGAGAACUGGGAUGAAGGGAGAUUCCUCCCCUUUGGCUGGUCAGGGGUGAUGCAGGGUGCAGCCACCUGCUUCUAUGCCUUCAUCGGGUUUGACAUCAUCGCUACAACAGGAGAAGAGGCCAAAAGCCCCAACACCUCCAUCCCCUACGCCAUCACUGCCUCACUCAUCACCUGCCUCACUGCCUACGUCUCCGUCUCUGUGAUACUGACGCUUAUGGUCCCGUACAAUGAAAUCGAUGCAGACGCCCCGCUGAUGGAGAUGUUCUCCAUGCACGGCUGCAUGUUCGCAAAAUACAUAGUUGCUGUGGGGUCCAUAGCUGGACUCACUGUGUCCCUCCUGGGCUCCCUGUUUCCCAUGCCGAGGGUCAUCUAUGCUAUGGCAGGGGAUGGUCUUCUGUUUAAGUUCCUGGCCAACGUUUCUUCAUACACGGAAACCCCUGCUGUGGCCUGUGUGGUGUCUGGGUUUCUGGCUGCCCUUCUGUCCCUUCUGGUCAGCCUCAGAGACCUGAUAGAAAUGAUGUCCAUUGGCACCUUGCUGGCCUACACUCUAGUAAGCCUUUGCGUGCUCCUGUUGCGUUACCAACCCGAGGGCGACAUCCACGGCUUUGUGAACUUUCUCUCCGAGGAGCAGAACAAGAAGAAAAAGGAAGGCAUUCUGGCCGAGUGCGAGAAAGACGCUUGCUCGCCGACCAGCGAGGCCGACGAGUACGGCGGUCAGAUCACGAACACCUGCGGGGCCAAAAACCUGCCGUCGCUGGGCGACAACGAGAUGCUGAUUGGGAAACCGGACAAAAAUGCGUACAGCGCCAGCCAUCCCAACUACGGCACGGUGGAUAUGGCAACCGGCAUCGAAGCAGAGGAGUCAGAAGGAGGGAUGUCUCGACGGCUCAAGAAGCUGAUCGGACCUCGCUACUACACGCUGAGAAUCCGUCUAGGCCUCCCUGGGAAAAUGGACAGGCCAACUCUGGUCACGGGGAAAACCGUCACCGUGUGCGUGCUGCUGCUGUUCGUCUUGUUCUUCGCUUUCUGCUCCUUCAUCAUUUUUGGAGCUGACUUUAUCACAGAAGGUCGUUGGUGGGCCUUGCUCCUACUAAUCUUCUUCAUCAUCUUCAUUGCCCUGCUGAUCAUCAUCAUCCUCCAGCAGCCAGAAAACCCUAAGCGGCUGCCUUACAUGGCUCCCUGUGUGCCAUUCGUACCUGCUUCAGCCAUGCUGGUCAACAUCUACCUCAUGCUUAAGCUCUCUGCCAUCACCUGGAUCCGAUUUUCAAUCUGGUGCCUCAUUGGUGUGCUUAUCUACUUCGGCUACGGCAUGUGGAACAGCACUCUGGAGAUCACGGCCAGAGAGAACGAGGUGCACGCCUCCACCUACCAGCGCUACGAUCAGGGCGUGGACGAAGGCUUCUGCGGCUUCGACGACGACUUCUACCCCCCCGCCACUGACGCCUGGGGCGCGCCCGGCGGAGGAUUAGAGGCGACUCCACCUCCAAAGGCGAAACCUGAAAGUGACGGGAUUUCGUCGAAAGGUGGAGGCAGAACCAUUGCUAACAACGGCCUAGCGGAGGAGGAUCCCAUGGACUUCUGAAGGGGACUGACUUCUGUGUUACAUUGAAUGUACUGCCUUGUCUGAUGCCUGGGGGAGGGAAGAGGCCGUGUGCGAGUGCACGACUGAUUACGGGGCGCGCGAGUGUGUGUGUGUGUGUGUGAGCGCGUGUUUGCAUGCUUGCACGAGUGUGUAUUUGUUUUACGUAUCAAACCCCCCUGGGCUAGAUGGUUUUUGGUUAGUAGAACGGUUUGUCUUUUACCUUCGUCAACUUCGCCUGGGAUGCUGCCUCCCCCCCCACACACACACACAAAUGUGGACAUAAAUGUCUUCACACUUUCACAGAUCCGGUCUCUUUAAUCAACUUCCCAAAUAAAGGAGGACAUCUGAGAAAAGUGCGAACAAAGUGAGAGAUUUGUGUUUUGGUGAUGGAAGUGGAGAAACGACAUGCUGUACCGAGCAACUUUUUAACUGUGUAGUCAAGAACUUUGGCACAGGAGAGAAAUGAAGGGUGAUGAGAGGGUCGUAGAUGAGUCAGCAACUGUCUUCCUGUUCCAGCACAGGCAGACAGGCAGGAAACUAUCAUGGCAGCGUGAUUAAUACAAAGGCUUUCCGAUGGCAAAGUCUGACUGUCUGUUUUCAGCUUUUGUACAAAAACCUGAAGAAUUUGUCUAAAACACAUUCUUAAACCUAAGCUGAACAUCUAGCCUGAGGGGGUUUCCACCGGGGGAUUUGGGGUAAAGGGUGUCGAUGUUUUCUGUGACGACUAGUUCUUGGACUUUGCUUGUAAUAGUGCCUUCAUCAACUAUGUGUGUUUUUUCUGGUCGUGUCAGUUCUCUACUUUGAUUUUUGUUUUUUUGUUUGGCCUGUGUAUGUGUGCGUUCUGUUGUACUGUGCCUUGCAAAAGUAUUCACAAACAAUGAACUUCCCAUAUUUCUGAUACGUUCCAAUUACAGGCUUCAGCCUAUUUUAUUUGGGUUUUAAGUGACAGAGCAAAACAAAGUAGAACUUGUUGUCAAACCAAUCCUCUGCAGAUUCAGCUGGAAUUGUUGGAAGAUCUGGAAUUGCUGGAAAGUCUUUCCCUGCUGUUUUGUGUUUGUGGAAUCCUUCAAACAGGUUAACUUUCAGGUUUCCUUUUUUUUUUAACUCCACCCACUGUCCUUCAACUCUUUCUAGCUUAUUAUUCACCAUGGUCGGGUGGGAGGGGAGUAGAGGGGUGUUUAGACAUUUUGGUGUCUCCUAAGGCUGAUGGCAAACUGCAAAUGGGACUUCCUACUGCUUACUACUUCUCUCCCCUUUUCCCCAAAUCCCAGAUUUGUGGACUUCACAGCUAAUAGUUGCCAUUUGAGCAGAUUCUUAUUCCUGAGGUGUGGGUCUCUGCGGCUCCUUCAUUGUUGCCACGGGCCUCUUGGCUGCUUCUCUGAUAAUACUCCCCUGCUAGGUUUAGGUUUAUGGCCAAGUCUUCAUGUGUUUGCAUUUAUGUCACUCUUCCCAUUUUUGAUUGAUGGAUUAAACAGAACUUUGUGUAAUCUUCAAAUACUUAAAGACUUUUUAUUGGCCUACCCUUGCUUUAGGCAUUCCUACAACUACAUCUCUGCCCUGACUGGCACUUUUCUUGCUCUUCAUGAUGCUGUUUGUUCUCUAAUGUUUCCUAAUGUCGCACUACUUUGUAUUUGUCUAUCACACAAAUUCUCAAUACAGUACAGAAAGAUGAAGUUUGCAAAAUGUAAACAUACAUACAUACUUUUACAAGGCAUUGUACAGGAAGUGCACUCAAACUUGAGUUUCAUGUGAAUUUCUCUGUCCGUGUUUGCACCGAGUGGGCUCUUCAGGAUUUUUAAUUUUCAAAAUACAUUUUGUUGUUCCCUCGCAUGGAACUGAAAUCCAUCCACCUGCUACCAAAAACAAAAUGUGCAACGAGAAUUGCCAAUCAAGUUGUAGAGAUUAGACCCGGUAGAUAUGCACAGACCGAGAGAAUAGGUUGAGUCCUAGUUGGCGACCUGCAGUGUUUUCUGUGUGCUUUUUGUAUUCAAGCUUAUGAGGUUCUCUCUCUUUGUCAGACCUGUAAGUAAUUCAUUCUCUCUUUAGUUUUUGGAAAGUUUAUUUAAUUUUUUUUUGUUAACUUUUUUAUCGGUGAGGAGAAAAGAGACGCUGAAAUCGAAUCCUUCCUAUUUAUAUAAUCUCUUCUCUCCUCCUCCUUCAUGGGUUUCCGUCACUUUAUCUUUGCAAAUUUCCAUCUGACUUUUUUUUUUUCUCCAGUCCAGCUCUUUCAUUUUUCAUUUACCAUCUCACUCCCCUCUUGAUAUCAAUCGGGCCACGUCGGCAGAAAGUAACCUCUCCGAGUCGCAAGUAAUAGGCCACCAAAGAUCGACUUGCGCUCUGGAAACGCAACAGCAAUCUGCUUAUGGUCUGUCGAUUCGCUCGCUACGUUUUGAUUUAAUAGUCUCCGCUAUCCGCCAUCUGAUUCGUAACCAGCACUCAUUCUGCUGCUGGUGGUUCGGCUCCAGUGUUGUCCCGGACUAGAGUAAAUGAGCUACACUUUUACUCUUAUGCUUUUUUUUUUUUUUAUGUGUGUUGCAUAUACGGACAGUUGUCUCAACGUCCCAAAGAGAUUAAAUUAUUGCAUUCAAAACGCGGGCUUGUUGUUGCAGUUAAAAAUAAAAGACAAGCACUUGUUGGAGAAAGAGCUUUACAUCAAAAAAGAAACAUAUGCAGAGAUAUUUCUUUAUACAGUAAGUGGGAUUUUUACAAACAACCAAAUAGCUCAUUGUUAUGCUAUGACGCUGAGGGUGGAGGUGGGGGGCGUGUUCUCCUUCAAUUGCUUCUGGUGCUGCUGUCUGCCCCGAUUGUUGCCCCUCUACCUUUUCCUUGUGCGCCCCUGUUGCUGCAUUGGUCCCUUUCAGGGAAGCCUUAUUUGUCUGAUGCACUAAAUCUAAGGAUGCCACGCUAAACCCGUCCCACCUGUCCUCCUCUCCCCCCACCAUAAUCAUCGAAAGCUUGAAAGACAAAAAGGAAUUUCUUCGCGGUUCAGGAAAUGCUAAAGGAACGUUCUUAUGCAAAUGUUUCAUGAACUUACUGUCGUAUUUAACUAGGGCUUGUCAAAGGUAAGGAUGUGAACAUCACCAUGAUCUGGUUUAACGUAAGGUUUGAAUUUUCUCAUCAAUUUUCCUUUUUAAAGGAAAUUAAAAUGAAGCCGUCAGAGCUGAAGAUAACUGUAAAAUACCAUAGGUUGUGUAGAAAUGAACAUAUUCAGAGAACCUGGAGAGUUAGCAACUAUUUCUGCUCUGCAAGUAUUGGCAUUUGCACACAUUGAAACGUGCAGUUUAUUGUCUUUUAUAUAACAACGUCAAAUUGUGAAGAAUUAGAAUUUAGUAUUGUAAUACCAAAUUCAAUAUCAGUUUUAGAGCCAACCUGCACUUCUAGAUGCUUUUGUUCUAUAUUGUUGGAAAAAAGUGAAUGUCCACAGUUUAUUAGACUGUCAGGAAAACAAUAAAACAACUAGAAGUUAAUAGGUGUGCUCCACCAACAGGUGGUGGUAACAUUGACAUUAAAGACUUUGAAGUUUGACAGAAGAAACGUCUGAGCGGCUACAGCCAAAGGAUCUCUCAAAAAUAAUUUCCCUUUGCCCAUGCUGGGUUUGAUGCUGUUUAUCAGUUCAGAUUGUGUUCAGACCGAACCCACGAAUUGUGAUAUAAUAUUUACGUACCUUUACAUCAAGACUGAGUAGAAAAAGUGCUCUUUAUUUGAGUUGUGUUGUUUUGUCUUUGAAAUUAGGUUUUAAGGUAAACUGAAAAAAUAUAUUUGUAGUAAUGUUCUCUGACCUAAAUGUUUUUUUUUUCUUUAAAUGCAUUUGCGUAGAAAAUUAUUGCUCUUGAUUUUACUAUUAAAAAAAAAAGAUAUUUUGACUAUAUGGUCCAACCCUAUGCUCAGUUGGAAUAUCUUACAUGACCACAUCAGUUUCCUCCCCGUCUCUGUUCAUAACUUUCAAAAGCUUUACAGUCACAGCCAAAAACAAACAUGCAGAUUCAUUUGAUUCCACGUCUCAGAUUCUGGACUGUACAGUCAUCUGUUUUUUUUUGUUCUGUAUAUUUGAAUCAAAGACUGCGUGAACGCAUGUGCAGUGCAGACGUAUGUGACUGUGUGUUCUGACGUCUGCUCGUGGUCCACGCCUGCGCCUAAAUGUGACCGUCUGCUGAAUGUCCAGCAUGUUUCUUGUGCACAAGGUUCAGUUUCUAAAUAUUGUACUUGCAUGUUGGUUACGGAUCUCAACGGGACACGAUAGACAUUUGGCGAAACCAAAUUCAGGCUUAGUUCUAAUCUGCCUUGGAGCCCUGGUUUGAUUCAGAGCAUGAACCACGUAUUUUUUUUUGUUGUUGUUUGUUUUAUUUUUAUUUUUUUAAUUAGCUACCAAAAGCACUGCCUAGAAUUCUUCUCUUGUUCAUUCUAAUAAUCUCUCUCUUUUUAAAUAUAUAUUUAUGUUUAUUCCAACCUAACAUUUAAAAACCCACUUGUUCACUCCUCUAGGUAUGGAAACCACGGCUCCAUUUGACAGAACUAUGUAGCAAACAGUCUGAUUUCCUGGCUGACUUCCUUCACACCCUGUCAUACAUCUAUAAUACACACACUAAAAACUGCUGGGUUUAAAAACAGACCAAUUAGGGUCCUUUUGCAAAGUCAAACAUGGACCAGCUCACCACAAUCUGGUUGUGGGUUUCCACCAUACCGGGUGGCGUCGCAGAGGUUGUGUAAAACAAUGUGGUAGUGAAUGGACGUAGCUGAAAAUCUCACUUUUCUGCACGUGAUCAGUUUUGUUUGGCUCUAAAAGUCACAUCAAACCGAUGCUACAGAUGUGGUGAUUGGAAGGAAAGUCGAACUAUGGAUUCAGUCUGUCAUUCAUUUGGCUCAGACACGUAGAAAAAACAAGUCACAUCUUAGUAGCUUUUAUUUCGUCCUGUUGAAGAAGUUUUGAUCAGUUCUUUGUGUAGUUCAGAACUUCUCUCACCCCAAAAAAAGUUUGUUUUCCCACCUAUUUUGAACUACCUGACAACAUUAUUCUAGCAUUCUGAUUAAAGAAACAACCCAGCAGUUUUUGUUUUUUUUUUUUAUGUGAAUUUCUCCUCUCAACCACAACCAAGACAAAGUACUUUGUUUUGUUUUUUUCACUUUUAAUUUACAGAAAUCAAAGUUCCUUAUCUGCAGUAGUGCCGACUUCCUUGGUAUGAUCAGCUUAUAAGCUAUUUUACAACAAACACCCAUGAUUUCUUUUAUUAGGAAAAUCACGAGACAGAAAUGCAAUGUUUUUCUGUGAGUCACCAGCUACAAGCAAAAGCUACGAUCCAGACACAAAAUACAGUGCUAAAGAAGAGUGACGGACAAAAAAAACAAAAAAAAAAAACAGAGAGAGAGAGUAUUUUUCUACAGCUGUUUCCCAUCUACACGACCUCCUCGGGUGGGCGUGCCGAGCCGAACUAGGUGGGGUUAUUGGUCUGUCCUUCAUGAGUGUUUCUUUAAUCACAAGGAGGCCUGCUAUAAACUGCUAAAAUCUAUUUUUUGAAUAAAUGUAGUCUCUAGAAAUGUAGAGCUAAUUUCUUUAAUUGUCUUUGAAUUGGUUGCUGUACAUGUCGAUAGGGCUUCAGAUGGUUUAGGCAAACUGAAGAGGAAAACAAUGCUGGAUACUAUUUUAUUAUCAGGCUAUAAGAGCUAAACUACAUUUAAAAAAAAUUAUAUAAUCUAGACUUUUGCCACUGUUGCUUUUCAAGUCAGCUACUCUGUGUUGAUUUUGUGCUGGAGAAGGAAUGCCAUGUUCUGCACAUGUUCAAUGUUUGCGGCCAAGUGUCCAGUCAGUGUGUGUAAGACUUGUUGAGAUUGGCUUCCCUCGCGUUGGCUAAAUAUUCUGUUGCUCUCCUGUAAAUUUGCCACAAACCUGUAUAUUAUUGUUGUGUUUGUUUCUUUCGAAUUUGUGAUAACUUUUUAUCCUAGGUGCACGAUAUUUUAUUUCAUUUUUUUGCUGAACUGUUAAUAUUGCUUCCAUGUAUUAAUGAAAAGUUAUUUAUUGCAAAGAUUAAACAGAGGUUUGUUCAUUUA